GUUAUGAUCAAACAAAAUACUCCACUCAACAUCCAAACGAUAGAAAACUUUCCAAUGGCAUUUGACCUCUCCAUAUCACCAGUAUUUGAUAUUUUCACGGCCACUGUACAAGAUCCUAGUACUACAGAUGAUGAAAUAACCUUUUUUCACCUCAAAAGAGAUGCUUAUGAUGGCAUAAUGACAUUUCAAGUUACUAUGUUGGUCUUAUGUAAAUAUGACCCGAAAGGACACCACAUGAAUGUUGCAGAAGCUACCAAAUGCCAGCCAAUAAUCUCAGUUGCUAGGAAAUUGGUUACAUUAAAAAAUCGAAAGACUAGAAACGGGGAAUUAAAAAAAUUAGCCAAAAAACUUGACUCUCCCAACAAAACAACCAGAAAGGGUAAACAACCCUAUAGUGAUAGUACUCAAGAGGAAAGCUCUUCCCAAGCAAAAAGAUUAAGAACUGCAGCAACUAAUAUUAAUAAAGAAGCUGAUACCGACCCAGGACCCGAAAACACAGUAUCCGAAACCCAGAAUAGUGCUACAGAACAAUCGUUAAAUGAUAGCCAAGAUGACCAGAGCAUUUGCGAAGUAAUUUCUAGUGAUCAGGAAGACGAAGAGAUGUCCGAAAAUACGUACUCCCCUUAA